UGGCCAUAGAAGCUCUGAACAACCCGGCGCAGUUAAAGCGUGAAACUGCAUUUGCUGUACCAUAAAGCAGUCAAUACACGCACCUAACUCGUUGAUAAAUUACUAGUGCCGCGCACAACCGUCUAUAUGGGCGCUUCAUUUAAGGCUUUGAGCCAACAGUUCAGGCUCCUCCUUUUCCAUAAACGGUCCCUUAUUUCAACUUCUUGUGAUUCAUUAGCUUCUUCUUCACUCACUCCCUCAUCGCAUCCUGCAUACCCCAGGUUUUGUUUCUCGCAGUUUCGGUUAUAUUCAUCAUCACCUUCUGCAAUCAUGGAAGUGGUCACAGCGGUUGCUAAACAUGGGCUUGCAGCUCAUGCCAGUGUUGCCAUUAGAGCUGAUCAGAAGAGUUACAGUUACAAGCAGCUCAUAUCUUCUGCGCAGGAGAUAUCCAAUCUCUUAUGUGGAAAUGACAUGAAAUCAGGAAAUCUUGGUGGAGCUCGAAUAGGAAUUGUAGCCAAACCCUCUGCUGAGUUUGUUGCUGCAAUACUAGGGACGUGGCUUAGUGGAGGUGUUGCCGUGCCACUAGCACUGAGCUAUCCGGAAACAGAGCUAUUGUAUGUGAUGAAUAACGCGGAUGUGUCCGCAAUAUUGAGUACUGAAGAUCAUAGUCAAACAAUGCAAAGUGUUGCCAUUAAAAGCUCUUCUCAGUUUUUUCUUAUUCCUCCUGUUCCCAAUAAAUCCUCGGAGAAGAGCAGAGAUGAAGAUUCACAAAAUAAAGAAAUGCAGGCAGAAAGAGUUCACCAGGGGAAUAUCAAAAGAACAAGUGAAGAUCCAGCAUUGAUAUUGUACACCAGUGGGACGACAGGUAAACCUAAGGGAGUCGUUCACACACAUCGAAGUAUCAGUGCACAGGUUCAAACCUUGACAGAAGCAUGGGGAUACACUUCUACUGAUCAAUUUCUGCACUGUCUGCCUCUCCACCAUGUUCAUGGACUUUUCAAUGCUUUGUUGGCCCCACUUUAUGCAGGUUCCACGGUGGACUUUAUGCCCAAAUUUAGCGUGAGAGGAAUCUGGCAGAGAUGGCGUGAAUCCUAUCCAGUUGAAGGAACGAAGGCUGAGGAUGCUAUUACUGUGUUCACUGGAGUUCCAACUAUUUAUACAAGGUUGAUACAGGGUUACCAAGCAAUGGACCCUCAGUCACAAGCUGCUUCAGCUGCUGCUGCAAGGAACUUGCGUCUUAUGAUGUGUGGGUCCUCUGCGCUUCCUCAACCUGUUAUGCAAGAAUGGGAAGCCAUCACUGGGCAUCGGCUGUUGGAGCGAUAUGGCAUGACCGAAUUUGUCAUGGCAAUAUCAAAUCCGUUGAAAGGUGAGCGGAAGGCAGGCACUGUUGGCAAACCUUUUCCUGGUGUGCAGGUCAAGAUUCUUGCAGACGAGGAGAGUGAAAGUAAUGUAAAUAAAGUGGGUGAGCUUUGCAUUAAAAGCCCAUCGUUGUUUAAAGAAUAUUGGAAACUUCCUGAGGUAACAAAGGAAUCAUUCAUUGAUGAUGGCUUCUUCAAAACUGGAGAUGCAGUUACUACGGAUCAAGAUGGGUAUUACAUCAUUUUAGGACGUACCAAUGCGGAUAUAAUGAAGGUUGGUGGCUACAAAUUAUCUGCACUAGAAAUUGAAUCAGUUAUACUAGAGAACCCAGCUGUGUCAGAAUGUUGCGUGUUGGGCUUACCUGACAAAGCUUACGGAGAAGUAGUUUGUGCAAUUAUUGUGCCAGAGGCCGAGUCUAAGAGAAAGAGAGAGGAAGAGUCAAAACCUGCUCUAACCUUAGAAGAAUUAUCCUCCUGGGCCAAAGACAGACUUGCACCUUACAAGAUACCCACUCGAUUGUUCCUUUGGGACUCUCUUCCUCGUAAUGCAAUGGGGAAGGUCAACAAAAAAGAGUUGAAGAAAUUGCUGGCUGAGGAGCAGUAAAUUCUAGUUCAGGGUCUCUUUUUACGAGCCAAUGCUAUUUUUUUAGUAUUAUGAGCCAAAACAACAGCUAUUUAGCCAUCCUCUGUUUUUGCGUAUGCUCAUCCUCUGUUUUUUUCUCGACGUCUAAUAAUGUAGUGAAUAUAGCCAUGGAAUUUUGAAAAAUGCA